UGUGUGUGUGUGUGUGUCCUUUCACGGACAAAUCAAGUGAGGCCCGUUUUUGUGUCCAAGGGUGUCCAUCUCCCCGUUUCCCAAAAUUCCUCUGUCAGCACUAUGCUAAUUUGCUCGUGUGACAAUGAAUCCUCGUGCGUGGGGCUCUGCGUCCACUUGGCUUUCCCCUGUAUCGUGCUCUUGGAUCCUCUGCCCCAGUUUUACUCACUCACGUGUCUUUUCCGCACACGUUUCUCUUUUCCUCAUUAGAGGUAGCACUUCCACCUGGUACCUCUGAGAGAGGGCGCCGGUGCCAGGGAAAGGGGAAGCGGCAGCUGGAAAGAGGAAGGGUCGUGCGAGUCGCGAUUCCUCCGCAGCCCGGUUCGCAAGAGCGAGGGGGCGUAACUGCAGUCAUACCCAGGCACAAAGGCGUGGUUCUGGUAGCAGCUCGCUGGGCCCGUGACACACGUGCGUAAGAGGCACAUGCGGGAAAGUGGUUCGCUGUUGGUGACGGGCAGCUCCGGGCGGACUCCGGCCACGGUGUUUGGGGGAGGGCGAGGCAUCGGAGAUCGCGGCCUGCGCUCCCUUCAUGGCUGCUACACAACAAGGCACGUGGGCGGAGCGGCGAGAGCUGGGAGGAAGAGGGUUCUAGGGGGAGCACCGGACCCUCCGCGUUUCACUGAAGCGACAGCAACAGCCGCGACCGAGCGGGACUCGGACCGAGUGGAGUGACGGCGCUGCGGUGAUCAGCGGGGACAUGGCGGGACGGGAUUACGACCACCUCUUCAAGCUGCUCGUUAUCGGAGACUCCAAUGUAGGGAAAAGCAGCCUGUUGCUCCGCUUCGCCGAAAGCUCCUUUUCAGGCAGCUACAUCACCACCAUCGGCGUGGACUUCAAGAUCCGCACGCUGGAGAUGGACGGGGAGAAAGUAAAGCUGCAGAUCUGGGACACUGCGGGCCAGGAGCGGUUCAGGACCAUCACUUCCACCUACUACAGGAACACACACGGCGUUAUCGUCGUCUACGACGUCACCAAUCGAGAGUCCUUCGCCAACGUGAAGAGGUGGCUCAACGAAAUAUCCCAGAACUGCGACGACGUCUGCAAGAUCCUCGUGGGCAACAAGAACGACAACCCCUCCAAGAAGGCGGUGGACUCCCAGGAGGCCCAGUGUUUCGGGGAGUCCGUGGGCGUCAGGCUCUUCGAGACGAGCGCCAAGGACAACGUCAACGUGGAAGAGAUGUUUGUGGCGUUGGCGCGGAUGGUGCUGCGGGCCAAGAAGGAGAGCCAGAGGCAUGUGGGCAGGGAGCGGGAGCGCGAGGACAAGGUCCACAUGAGCUCGCAGCGCGACCGUGACCGCAGGAGCAAAGGGAAGAAGUGCUGAUGAAUGCGGAGGUGGGAGCGCAAAGGGAGAGUAACGAUAUAGGUGAAAGGUGGCGCCGCCGGGACCCUGUUUUACCGCUGUCCUCAAUGCAAAGCAUCGAUGAAAGUGCACUGAUUGCUGCAGGUGUGUCAUGUGCUGCGCAGUAUCUCUCCCACAGUGUGCCAGGCCAGAGCCCCGUGACACACAUCAGCCCACAGCACUCUUGCUUUGCUGUGCUCAAGGUUCCUGCCUCCGGGCCUCAGCAAAGGGCACACGGAGCUCAUGUGAUGCUGAGCACUAAGGCCACACCUCCACUCCUCUGCAUUUCACUGUCAUCUUUCUUCUUCUUUCUUUCCAGUGAGAACAAACUUUUUUUCCUGCUUUUCACUUUUUCUUUUCUUUUUUGCCCCCCACCUGGUGGACUGGCACCAAACUACAACUCCGCACGAGAGCAACCGUUUUUAUCAAAAUCUCAAAAAUUUUACAGUCUUAAUGGCCUUCUUCUUACACUUUGCCAUAGUCUUUAUGAACUGUUUAUGAAUUGUUUACAGUCUUCGUGAAAAACAGAAAAUACAGGGGGUUUUUUUAUAAGCAAACUUGGAUGUGUGUAUAUGUUAUCUUGCGAAGAUGAUUAUUAAAUUGGUGAUAUAUGCCCGUUUCUCUGUGCUUCUAUCAAAUGUAAGAAUCCAGAUGGUACAUAUUAAGAAAAACUAAAUCCUUACAGAGUUUAUCAAUAAUGAAUUUAGAGACAUCUUUACAUAGCGUUUUAGGGUAAUAACAGUGCCAGAAAAGGGGAGUAGCACAGUCCAUGGGGGUCUGUAGGGACAGGUAGUAGCGCAGGGGUGAGAGCGGUUACCUUGGGAC